CAAGUCUUCUAUAUAAAGCGGCAUCUCUGCAGUUGUGAUUAGUGACACUGAGGCAUUGUGAUCUGUGAAUCCGGCGAAACAAAUAAGAGAAGACGCUUCAUGCGCAUAAUGCAUCCAUAAAUCAGCAAGUGUUUUCAUUCACUCUGAGGAAAGGAAAGUAGCCUUCUAACGUUCAUUCGCUUUUCUCUGGCACGACGGUUCGAACGGUUGCCUGCGCUUCACACAUGAAGAAAAUGAUCGCACGAGGAUGCGCUGGUCUCGUGGUGCUGGUGAAUUUUGUCUUCUCGGCGCCUGUCUCCCCAGGUCACAUGGAUGAUAAGGAUGUGAAGGUGAUGAAAUGUAUUGUGGAAGUAAUUGCGGAUACUCUGUCCAAGCCUCAUCCCAUCCCAGCGUCCCAGGACUGCCUUGACAUUCUCGGCUCUGAUGACAGGCUUGUGAGCAUCCUGCGCCACCAAAACUUUCUCAGAGAGAUGCAAGAUAUCGCUGUGGAGGGAGCCAGUGAGAGAGCACAGAGACACCCAGGCGACACACCUGAUCAUGUGACCAGCCUCCCUAAAGAUAUGAAGAAAACUGCAGAUGAUCAGUCAAUGUUGGUUGGCUUGGAGAAACCAAAGGAAUUUGCAGAGAAGAGAGGAGCAGGAGAUGAGAGCUUCCAGGAGAGUGAGGAGACAGAGCAGGGGUCUAAAAAACAGAACCAGAUUGCUGAGGAAGAGGAGCGUGAAGAAGACGAGAGUCCUAGCAAUCACAUCUCCAACUCUAUAAACCCAGAGAAGAAAAGAGAGUCACAGGAGGAGGCGGCAAUAAGGGAAGAGGAGAAACAGGAAGAGAAGAAACUCUCCAGCUUGGAAAAAGAAGAGGAAAAUGAUCCGCCUCGCCAUAAAGAGGGGGAAACAGCCACAGAUGAUCUCAAAGCAAAUCCUGAUGUAAAACAAUCCAUCAUGGAGGACAGAGAGGACCACAAGGAAGCUGAAACAGAGAGAACACAUUCAAAAGAAGAGCAGGAAGAAGAGGAGGAGGAGAAGAAGAAGAGUGAGGUUGGAGUAAAGCGUCGCGUGAGCAAACUGUCCCACAAGAGAGUGGAGACCAGCCCAAAACUGGAUGAACACUGGGAAGUGGCACACCACUCUAAGGAGAGUGAAGAUUUGUGGAGGAGCCCAGAGGAGCAGGAGCUGCAGCUCAUGGCACGAACUGAACCACUGGACAAAAGAGAUGAAGAGGGCAGUGGCAGCAGGAAGACAGGGGAUGCGGAGAUCGAGAGUCUGGCUGCCAUCGAGUCUGAACUAGAAAGUGUGGCUCAGAAACUUCAUGAUCUGAGACGAGUCUGAGCCGCUCCAGCUCUGCCCUUCAUCUCUACUUCAGUAGAAAGGCAUGUUAACAUGAGUUGAGCCUCUCACCUUUUUGCUCAGUCCAAAGCAGCGUAAGCUCUUAUCUCGGCGCCGCAGAUCCUCUGCUCAUUCCCUCCGUGUGUAAUAUGAACCCUCAAGGUGACUCCUCUGGUGUCAAACAUUAAGGUCUUGAGUCAGAUCGCUUCACCUUUCCUAGCUCGUCCGCUUUGCUUUAUCGUGCUUGCUUCCUGAAGAAAUUUGGGCAUUGAGUACAAUAGUAAAAUAUUUCCUAAAAACUACCCAGAAUUAUCACACUAGGUUGAAAUUUUAAUAUACCAAUUGUACCUGAUAUUAUGGAGUCUUAUGAUCCAUAGGCAAUAAUGGUUUUUUUAGGUAUGGUGAUGACUGUAAUUAAAUUCUUUUUGGGAUUGAAGAAAACAAAUAAAGGUAAAAAUGAAGUGUUUCAAACUGAUUCCAUGCACCGUUCAACGUGUGAGUCUGAACCAAACCGCAAAACUCCCCCACAACUGAUGUCAAUACAGCAGACAAACACUGAAUCAAAUCAUUCCUAAUGGUUAAGUUUGGUUUUAUUUCCCAUUGAAUUGUUUUAUGUUAUUUCAGAGGCUCUUUUUUUUUGUUAAAAAAAAGAGAUGAAAAUAAUUGACAUAUUUACAAAGUAUACAUCAUGUACAAAUACAACACAAUUCGAUGGGGCACAAAACAGACCAACAAACGUAAAAGGUCAAAAUAGCUAAUUUAAUUUGUCAAUAAUUUUGAAGGGACAUUUCAGCCAAUAAUAAACUGUCAUUAUUUAUCAAUGUGAUAUAAUAUUAUUAUUAUUAUCCUUUUUUUUUUUUCGGGGGGUAUUUUGUCCAUACAAUGAUAGUGUUGUUCAGGGAAAGUUUCAGUGUUGUUUUGAACCCCACUCACUUUCACUGUGUGAACCAAAACAGUUGAAAUAUGUUCCACAGAAGAAAGAAAGUCAUACAGGUUUGAAAUAAAUUCAUAAAAGAA